CAUAAAAAAGUAGGAGCUUCUAAUUUGAGAGAACUUCAAAUUUCCGUAAAGGAAAAAUUAUCUAAAGAUAUGAGAAUGAAAUUAGUCUAAUAUAGCAAAAGGGAUAACAAGAAUUCAUAUUACCGAUUCCUAGUGUCUUUUUUUAGUUUUUAUUUUGAGGAAUAGCUGAUUGGUUGAUAUGAAAUGUUCAAGACAAGUAUUCUGGAUUUGGGAUGAAAAUUGUAAGUCAUUUACGAAAUCCUUCUAUCAAUGCUGUUGAUUUUAAAUUCAGACCUUUCAAAUAAACUGAUUUAUAGUAACCAUAAUAUCCAAAUCUCUAUUCAAACAGACAUUUGAGUUAAUGUUUGUAUGUAAAGGGCCUUUGAUAGUUAUUAUCUCAUGUAACUAAUGGUUAUUUAUUAGAGAAUGUCUUGAUUGUGCAUAGCUAUUCGAGCUUUAGAUUUUCAGUUAGGUUACGUAAACAAAACAUAUUUAAUUGUACUCAUCUUGUAAGAUCAAUAUUUGAGUUUCCAUUUGAAGCAUACCUCAGGUUAAUGAAAAUUAUGAAUUGAAUAUUGUUUAGCUUUAUAGGCAUAUGUUUUGGAACUUUUGCUGAUUUAUUGAAAUGUAAUUUAGGAUUUCUAUCUUCAGCUGAGAGGCAGGAAUUCUUGUAAUGGAGAAGGGUGACUUUUGCAUCUCCACCAUGGAAUCAUUAAACAUCGCAGUUCUAUUAAUUAUUGGUGUCAUCACUAUACUUGUGAUACGAAUUAUUUAUGUUCUUUAUAGGAGCAGCAAACCGAUUCAUUCCAAACCACCACAAUCCCUCAGUACUCUUAUUGUUCUGGGUUCAGGUGGUCACACAGCAGAAAUGCUAAAUUUAUUAUAUGUUCUUCAAACGGAAAGGUUUAAGCCGAGGUAUUAUAUUGCUGCUGCUACUGAUAAUAUGAGUCUCCAAAAAGCACACGUGUUUGAGGAUUCCUUGCUUGGUAAGGAAACACCUGAGGAAGUAGGAGGAGCUGAAUUCAUGCAGAUAUAUCGAAGUCGAGAGGUUGGUCAAUCGUAUAUGACCUCAGUCGGAACCACAUUGAUUGCAAUUGCACAUGCCUUGUGGUUAAUGAUCAAGAUCAGACCCCAAGUGAUUCUGUGCAAUGGCCCUGGAACGUGUAUUCCACUAUGUGCAAUUGCCUUCCUUUUUAAGGUUUUGGGAAUUAAGUGGUCAUCGAUUUUCUAUAUGGAGAGCAUUGCAAGAGUCAGGAAGUUAUCUUUGAGUGGUUUGCUUCUUUACAAGCUACGAAUGGCCGAUCAGUUAUUCGUGCAAUGGCCACAACUAAAAGAGAAAUAUCCCCGAGCUCAUUACGUUGGUCGUCUUAUGUAAUAUAUAUCAGUUUCUGAUCUAUUAUAGCCAGGUAGCACUCGAGCUCUUUUGUUGCUUUUUGAGUGGUUUGCUUCCUUACAAGCUAGGCAUAACUUAUCAGUUAUUUGUGCAACGACGGCAACUAAAAAAGAAGUAUCUCUGAGUUCAUUAUGUUGGUUGUUCGAUCAAUUUCUAAUCUAUUAUAACGAGGUAGUACUCGAGCUCUGUUGAUGCUGUUUGAAGAAUUCUAUGAAUGGAUGUAAAGGAUCUUCCUUUGAAAGAGAAUAUAAUUGCUAUCUUCUUGAGGAAAGGAAAGAAAUUAAUGGUCA